AAAAGAUAAUACUAUCACUUGUUUGAGAAGUAAAGAUUUCGUUUUUACCGAUACAAAAACUUACAGAGAGGCUUAGAGAAAUCCAAGGAGCUUUUUGGUAAAUGGGAGUUUGAGAAUUUUGAGCCUCCUAUUUUUCCUUUGCUUCCUUUAUAAAGCUAUCAUGAUAUGUACACACUUGAAGUGGGCCAAAUGAUCAAUCUUCAAUUAUUCUAGAUCCUCUGUUUUUGUCUGAUAGCUCUGUCUCUUUCUCUUUCAAGACUUUCACUGCCUCAUAUAUACAAACAUUGAUGUGCAAGUAGAAAAUGAAGGGUAAAUUCUGCUGUUUUCUCUUAAUCAUGUUUGCACUUUGUUUAGCCUGUGUUAGAAGCAGGCCUUUGGCACCAAAUCAACAAUCUCUUCGGAACAAAUUGAGUACAAAUGAGGGAAGUAUGAGCACUGAAGUACAAGGACAAGUGAAGGAAGAAGAAGAAAAUAGUAGUGUGAGUAAAGAAGAGAAGGUAAUGCUAGGAUCAAGUCCACCAAGUUGUGAGCACAAAUGCUAUGGAUGUAUGCCUUGUGAAGCCAUACAAGUACCUACUAAAACGGGUCGAGUUGGAGUUCAGUACACUAAUUACGAACCUGAAGGUUGGAAAUGCAAGUGCGGGCCUGCACUUUACGCUCCUUAGUCCUACGCUAAAUUGGAGUACUUUGACGUUGUAUGAGUUAAGAUUAUGUAUAGUGGGUCCUUAAGAAAUUUUGUUGUUAUUAGAUGUUUUUGUAGAAAAAGAAAGAGUAAGGCAGUUUUCAUGGAUGGUUUAAUCUUCUAACUCUUGGUUUAAAUUUACUCUUGUUAGUUUAUUUACUCCAAAUGCUGCUUUGACACUUAGUUUGAUCUUGAGGAAAAAUUCAGUGGUCAAUUUGUAAUUUGAAUCUCAAUGGCUUCCUAAUUACUGUAGUCCUUUUAUGUAUUU